CAUCACCUACAUCUCCAAAUCCGAGGUUCUUUCCAAGCCACCUUCUCCUGGCGCUGCUGAGUGUGAGCAGGUCCCGAUGUAUGCCAAGAACCUGCUGCUGUGCGAGGGCUCCGAGCUCUGCUUCGAGGAGCUGAGGGCCCAGAGAUACUUCAGGAGAUACGAGUGCCUCAGGAGGCAGCAACAACUGGUGGAAGAGGAGAGAGACUUCCUGAGGAAAAAGGAGUUGGCUAUGCUGGAACUCCAGGCCCUGCAGAAGAGGCUGGAAGAGCUGAGCAAAGGCCUGGAGGAAACCAGGCUGGAACCAGGAGCUGAACCGAUCCAGAGGGUGGUGCCCCCAUGUACCAGGCCCAGCACAGCCCUGCCAGGGGACUGCGUGGCACACGUUCCAACCUCAGGUGUGCCCGAGGUGCCAGAGCAGCCCCAGUCCAGUGUUGGCCCAGCCCCUGCUCCCACCCUGCCACCAGUGAAGCCCCUCGGCCGCCGGGUCCCAUCAGCCUCCCUGUGGGAAGGAAGGGAGGAGAAGGACACAGCCAGAGCUCAGCCAGAGCUUGGGGAGCUCCAGAAGAGUUUGGUGCACCCUCCCUUCAGUGCUGUCUCAGCUCAGGAACAGGCACAUCCCAACUCAGCUCAACAGCACCCUAACAAGAGAUCCACUGGAUUAACUCCUGCUGUGGAUGUGAAGGAAGCCUCUGGAAAUGUUUCCCAGGCCACCUCGAACACCUCUCUGGGAGGAUGGAUGUGGGCAACGCUCUUGAAAGCUCAGCCGUUGCCCACAGGGCACAUGAAGGAAGCCUUGGACUUUCUCAUGGAUAUAUUUCAAAUGCCCAUCUUGCCUCAACCAUCACCCCUGGAAAGCAGCAACGUCGAACUGGAAGCCCUUUGCAGGAAAAAUGAGCCUGAUGGAUGUUUGAAAGCUGAUGGUGCUGUCCCUGCCACUCGGGCAUUUUCCAUCUUUCAGGAUGAGAACAAAAAGGAGAACAGCAGGAUCCCUCAGCUCAAGAACAAGGCAGAGGAGUCCAGGAGUCUUGCAGAAGGUUCCUUGACUGACCGUGCAGCAGAAUGCCCCGUGACUGACCAGGUGGAGCUGCCUGUCCAGGACUGGAAGUGGUGGUGACACCCAUGUCCUGUCUCCCUCCAGUGGCAUGAGGAGAUGAUCAUCUCUGGAGGACCCCCCUGAUCCCCUGGGUACCCUGGGAAUUUCCCUGGAAUGAUCAAUAAACCCCUG